UGACAAAAUUCAAACUGAACGGCGGGUAGCUGAAACUCAGACAGAAAAAACAUAUCAAGAGUGCAUUGUUAAGAAUUCAACCAAAAGCGUUUGAAAAUGACCAGCACGUUAAAGGGAAUUACUCUCAAGGGAAGCGCAGAGCUAGUGGCCGAGUUCUUCUCAUUUGGUAUUAACAGCAUCCUGUACCAGCGGGGCAUCUAUCCUCCAGAGACAUUCACCAGAGUCACCCACUAUGACAUGAGCCUUCAACUUACCACUGAUCCCAAACUGAAGAACUACCUGACCAAUGUGGUGUCUCAACUCAAAGAGUGGCUGUUUGAAUGCACAGUGCAGAAGCUGGUGUUGGUGAUCACAUGUCUGGAAACCAAUGAGGUGCUGGAGAGAUGGCAGUUUGACAUCGAGUGUGACAAAUCAGCCAAGGAGAGCAGUGCUCCUAGAGAGAAGUCCAUUAAGACUAUUCAGGAUGAGAUCCGCUCAGUUAUCAGACAGAUAACAGCCACAGUUACUUUCCUGCCGCUGCUGGAGACACCAUGUGCAUUUGACCUCCUUGUGUACACAGACAAAGACCUGGUGGUUCCUGAGAAGUGGGAAGAGUCUGGGCCGCAGAUCAUCGACCAAUCAGAGGAGGUGCGUUUACGCUCCUUCACCACCUCCAUCCACAAGGUUAACAGCAUGGUGGCAUACAAGAGGACCGACUCAGCUUAAACUUCUAAACCAUGGCCCCCCCUCCCACCACCCUCCAACCAUUAUCUCCUAUAGAAAACAUUAGAUUUACAGUGCCCUGUCCUACCUCACUGUCUGUGUCUCUGUCCAGUGUUCUGUACAUGAUGAACCCAGUGUUCUCCUGCUGUCUGAUCUUCACUUUGUCUCACUUGUCCUUUGAGGAUAUAAUAGCAACCUGCUCUGUCUCUACUGAUGUAAAUAUUUCUCAUAAGCAAUGAUCUGUCUCAGGAGCAACUGUCUCUUUAUUAUUGUUUCCCCUUCCUCUCAAGUUGUCAACCUCUGUUUUAGAAGCUAGUAGUUUAUAUGUUAAACUUUUAUAAAUUGUCAAAAAUAAAUGUUUGUCACAAUG